AUCUCCUCUAAUAUCACAACAAUAAACUCUUUGUUGCUCAUUAUAAAUGCGUAUAAAACGCCAUUUUUGGAGGGCCACUCUGCAGUGGUCUCCAGACAAAGCUAAGCCAGUGUAAAAGACAGCAGAGGAGAAGCUUGAAUAGUCGUCACAUUAGUGGAUCUGCUCGGUCACAACACGCACGGUGGUUUUUUACCGCAGUGCAUCUGCAGCAGCAGCAGCAGCAGCAGCAGCAUCCUCUGAUCCGAGAGACAGAGGUGCAGGACGCAUCUAUUUUAUUAAUAUUUUUUCUGGGAAGCUGUUUUUUGUUUUUUUUUCAUCCACCCUGGUGCUUUUACGCACAGGAUACGCAUCUCUUUCCAUCAGAUAAAUGAGAUUACAAGUCUUUCCACAUUCAGCUGUCAUCGCAGAAAAGGACUAUUAUUAUUUUUUUCUUCCUAGGAGACGACUCGAGGACAGGAGGCCUCUAUUUACAGGACAGUAGGCUCUGAUUUCACUCAUCCGAUUAUUUAGACCAUCAGUAUUUAAUACUGGUAGCCUGGUGUAGCCUCUAAAAGGUAGCCUAUUUCUUAUCACAGAGCAUGCAAAUGAAUUAUAUAUGCACUGGCAUAUUAAGUGCAUUGCAGACGUUCAGUCAGUAGCUUGCAUGUUGCACAACCACAUUGCAGUUCAUCAUUGUGUUGAUCAGAGCAGAGCAUGUGGCCCCAGAGAAGGUCUAUUAUGAUUGGUAUCUACAUCUCACAUUAAGACCUCGGGGGAAAAAAAGAUAAUCAAAUCUCAGGGUGUUUUUAUCUGUCUGGGGAGACACUGUGAGUCACCAGAUAUCUGGAUUGUUUCCCAUGCUACAUGGUAAUUGAAUGCAGGGAAGAAAAAAAAAAAACACCACUUGAAUGCAUCAGUUUGAUGGAGAUUAAGUAGGAGGCAAUACAUUCUGCAGCCAAGGCUAGUUAGAGCAUCAUAAACAAAGAAAAGGCCUAGAUACAUUUUUGCACUGUACAAUGCAUGUUUAGCUGCAACAUAUAUGUGAUAUUAGCCUGCAUUUUACUGACGCAAUCUACAAUCUUUGCAAGUAUUAGUCCAAUUAUUACACACCUGGAUAUAGGUCAGGUUAUGAGUGUUAUGACGGUCAUUUAGAGUUUCAACAAACAGUCUUUUGGAGCUCCACACGAGGAGCAUUGCUGUCAAAGUGUUUGGAGGCUCCACCCUAACAGCAUCCGGUGAAAUGGCAUUGGCAAAGUUCGUGUUCGUUCUUCUUUUCUGCAGCACAUUUGUUUUAUGUUCUGUUUUAGCGAACCUAAACCGUGGUCAUGGGGCCUGUGCAGAGGUGGACUCUGACACAGAGGCCGUGGCGGGCAAGGGCUUCAAACUGGGCUGCAUCUCCUGCAAAAAGAGGAGCGAGGUGAACGGCGCCGCCACCGUGGAGUGGUACUUCAGGGGGAAAGGAGAGGCCGACUUUAAUCAUAUCUACACUUACAACGAGGGAAGCGCCACCAUCGAACACGACGACUUUAUCGAUCGCGUGGAUUGGAACGGGAGUAAGAGGAGCCACGACAUCCAAGAUGCGUCCAUAUACCUGCUCAACGUCACCUUCAACGACUCGGGCACCUACCAAUGCUUCCUCAACCGCAUCCUCUUCUACACUAGCUACGAGUACACCACCCUCAUCACCAAGGUGGUCCACCUCACCGUGGUGGCUAAAGCGACCAGAGGAACGGCUUCCAUCGUGUCCGAGGUCAUGAUGUACGUGGCCAUCAUUGGCCUGCAGGUCUGGCUCCUCAUAGAGAUGAUAUACUGCUACAGGAAAAUAUCAGCGGCCGGGGAAGAAGCGUUACGAGAAGCAGCAAAUGCUGAGUAUUUAGCGAUAGCUUCGGAAAGUAAAGAUAACUGUGCAGGAGUGCAGGUCGGAGAAUAGCACAGGCUUCCUCCGUGGACUGAAACCAUCCUUCCACCCUCUGACCUGCAUGUAGACAACUUGGAGGAAAAACUCCUCAUCAUCUCAAGCCUCUAUUUUACCCUUCCCUCGACAAAGAUCACACAUGGAUAUAUGACACACAAAGAGAGCAUGGAACCAGCACUGUAUAUAGUAUUCUGCGCCGCUAAAAGCAUGUCGUGCACCUAUUUGAUUAACCAUUAUGCAUUAAUGAGCCAUAUUGUCAAAAGCAUAUACUGUACAUUCAGUAUUCCUUUAAGUAUAGGUACUCACCCAUUUAUAUGCCAUGUAAGCUGUACUAUGGGCGUCUGUUGGACUCCGUGAGGCUGAUUGUAACAGAAAGCUUUUUACUAAAUCAUCACAACCCCUUAAUGUAUAAUAAUGCGAUACACAACAUGUAUGGUGAUUUAUAAGAAUAGAAUGUGAUGGACUAUGAUAGACUGUCUUUCCAGUUGCUAGUUAUACAUUCAAUGAAAUCUUAACAUGUACUAAUAAAACCUGUAAAAGUAA